CCGGACAAGCGUAACGUCACCCAACCCAUCUGCUCCUCUUUCCCACAAGGUAAACCUAGCACGCGAGAGAGAGAGAGAGAGGGAGAGGCCAUUUUCCUGGAGGUUGUGUAAAAAAUGAAGAGAUCGGGGCCAUGGAAUGAAGUGGAGGAGCUAUCCUCUGAUUCGGAUUCCGUUUCAGACGAAGGUUUUCAGAUGGCGAGCUCAAAGAGGAGAAAUAAGGACGGCAAUGCUGCCUCGACUAAGGAUAUUUCAUCUGAUAGUAAAAAUUACAAGAUGACUGAUAAGGGAAAGGGAACACAAGUUGCUUCAGAUUCUCUAGUGAUAAGAUCUUCUAGAGUGGAUAUCAAUGCUUCAAGGCUUACUUCACAACCUGGUGCUGCAUAUGCAAGUGAAGAACAACCAUUGUGGGUAGGAAUUAAAGUGGUCACCAAAUAUGUGGGUGCUGGUGGUGGAAAUGUGCGGUUUGUUUGUGGAUUUUGUCAGGAUGCAUUUGUUGGAUCUUACACAAGAGUGAGGGCACAUCUCUUGAAGUUGCCACACUUUGGAAUUCGAGCAUGUAGUAAGAUCUCUACAGAAAAAGUUAGAGAAUUCAAGAAGCUACAUGAACAUGCUGAUUCAAUCCAAAAGAAGAAAUCAAGUGCCAUUGCUACAGAUGUUUCUAUGCCUCUUAAGGGUGUUGAUAAGAAAAGAAAGACAUGUCAAAGUACUAUAGAGACAUAUUUUAAUUCUUGUGGAAGAGCAGAACUAGAUAGAAUGAUUGGUAAAUUUUUCUUUUCUAGCGGCAUUCCUUUCAGUGUAGCUGAAAAUCCCUAUUGGAAGAAAUUCGUGACUGCACUUGCAAAUAGCAAAUUGUCAGGAUAUGUGCCUCCAAGUCCAGAGAGACUGCGCACAUCACUUCUUAAAGAUGAGAAGGAUGCUAUCGAGCAAAAUUUGGCCAGGAAAAAGUUCAAAUGGAACACAACUGGUGUAUCAAUUGUUUCUGAUGGGUGGAUAAACAUUCAAAGGCAUCCUUCAAUUAAUUUUAUUGCCAUUGCAUCUGAUGAGCCAAUAUUUUUGAGGACAUUUGAUACAUCUGAAAGAUUUAAAGAUGUUGAAUAUUUGAAGAGCUUAUUUGUAAAAGUCAUUAAAGAAGUUGGCCCAGAUAAAGUAGUUCAGAUCAUCACAGAUAAUGUUGCUGUCUGCAAAAGUGUUGAAUCAGGUUUAAAAAGUGAUUUUCCUCAUGUCUUUUGGACUCCAUGUGUUGCACAUACUUUAAAUUUAGCAUUGGAAGAUAUAUGCUACUCACCAAGUGAAGAAGAAGAUGCUCGAGGACAUGAACUGUUCUCAUGGAUUCAAGAUCUAGGAAGGGAUGCAAAGAAUAUCAAAAAUUUCAUUGUGAAUCACCAACAUGCAUUCUCUCUUUUUGACACUUAUUCUGAUUUAAAAUUGUUGAAAGUUGCUGAGACACGAUUUGCUUCUAUUAUUGCAAUGAUGAAAAGGAUUCAGUGUGUAAAGAAUACAUUAGUUGACAUGGUGCUUAGUAAAGAUUGGGAUUUCUAUCGUGCUGAAGAUAAGGGCAAAGCUCAAGCAAUUAAAUUCAUCAUCAUGGAAGAUACAUUUUGGGAUAAGCUUGCUUAUUUUUUGACUUUUACAAAUCCAAUUUGGUGCAUGUUGAGGGAAGUUUACAAAGACGAGCCUAUGCUUCAUAAAGUUUAUGAAAUGUGGGAUAAUAUGAUUAAGCAAAUUCAAUUUAUAGUUUUUGAACAUGAGAAGAAAAAUAUUGGUCUUGAUAAUUCAGAGUUUUUUGAUCGCAUACAUUCGAUAUUGGUAGAAAAAUGGGACAAGAGUAAUACUCCUUUGCACUGCAUGGCUUAUUCUUUAAAUCCAAAAUAUUAUACUAAAAAAUGGUUAGAAGGAACUGUUGGACGUGUUUGUCCAAAUCAAGAUCAUGAGAUAUCAAAAAAUAGAAUAUCAUGCAUGGAGAGGCUUUAUACAGAUCCUUAUGUUAGAAAACAAGUUACUUCUGAAUAUGCAAGGUUUUGUAUUGGAAAUUUUGAUUCUCUAGAUGCAGUAGUAGCAAGAGAAGAUGAAGACCUAAGUCCUUUUGAUUGGUGGUCAGUUUAUGGAUCAGAAAUGCCUGCACUCCAAAAACUUGCAUUGAGAUUGGUUUCUCAGCCUGUUACAUUAUCAUGUUGCAAAAGAAAUUUGAGCACGUAUUUUCAUAUACAAAAUAUAAAAAGGAAUGAGCUCACCAACAAACAUGUAGAGGAUUUGGUUUUUGUGCACUCCAAUUUGCACCUUCUUUCACGAAAGCCAAAAAAAUAUAGUUGUGGAUCAUCUAAAUUUUGGGAUGUGGACCCAGAAGAGUUUGAUUUUGAAGGGAACCAUAUGUGUGCUGCUAGUAUGAGUUUAAUUGAUCCCAUUAUUCAUUCUUCUGAUGAUUUUGGUGAUGACAUUGAAAGCAUGGAUGACAACUAUUGAUGGAACAGCAAAAGAAUCAUAUACAUGAUUAGAUGAACUUGCAUGUAUCGAAACAGUACCUUGUGGAACACCAAUGAAUUAUUCACAGCUUGGACGCAUUGAUACAGUGCCUUGUGAUGAUCAUCCAGAGUCGAUGGCCUCUUUUCAGGAAUGGGAUUCAAACGGGUGCAUCUCCCAUCUACAUCCGGCAGUAUAUUGCGCAAUUGUAUGACAUAAUACACAUUCUUCGUAUUGCUUUUGUUCGUAGCUAGCGUCUUUGUGAUAUGAGCUUCAAAUAUGGAUCUACACCCAGUGCUGUUUGGAACACAUUUGAUUAGAUGGAAGUUAGUAAGGUCCCACGCGGUCCGAAUCCGACAAACUGAUGUUCUACAGCGUUUUGUUCAAGGGAGGUAAACGAAAAAACUAAAUGGGCAUUCAUUGUAACAUGUUUUUCAGCAUAUACUGGAAACAUUUGCGAGC